AUGGGGGGGGGGGUGAUAGUGGGAUGGAGAGUGGAUAGGGGGGUGGAGGGGGCGGCAUCACGAUCGGGAGAGGGUGUGGGGGGGUGGGGGGAGGGUUGGGGAGUGGUGGAGGUUUUAUGUGGGGGAGGGUGUUGGGGGGGAUGUGAGUGGAGAGUGGGUUGUGGGUGGGAGGUGUGGGUGGGGGAGUGUGGGAUGGAAGGGGGGAUUUGGGGGGUGGGGGGGGUGGGGGGGGAGGGGGUAGGUAUGGUGGGGGAGAGUGAGGGGGGUUGGGGUAGAUGGGGGGGGGGGAGGUGGGGUGAGGGGGGUUGGGGGUUGUGGGGGGGGUUGUGGGGGGGGGGGGGAGUUUUGGGGUGGGUGGGGGUAUAG